ACGAGGACAAGCCUUAGGCUCUAGCUGAAAUCAGCUGUUCCUGUUAUUGUUUUUGUCGAGACUUAGGAAGGUUGAUAUGGACAAUCAAUGAGAUUAUCUACGUGGUUUGAGCUGUAAAGACCCGAACACAUAGCAGUGCAAGGAGAGAGCAUGGCCCACCAGGCGACCCCCAGUUCACAGAAGGCCUUGAUGAUGGAGCUGAAGUCCCUGCAGGAGCAGCCGGUGGAGGGCUUCCGCAUCACCCUGGUGGAGGAGGCUGACCUUUACAACUGGGAGGUGGCGAUUUUCGGACCCCCAAAUACCCUCUAUGAGGGAGGCUACUUCAAGGCUCACAUCAAGUUUCCAGUCGACUACCCUUACUCCCCGCCUACCUUCCGCUUCCUCACAAAGAUGUGGCAUCCAAACAUUUAUGAGAACGGGGAUGUGUGCAUCUCCAUCUUGCACCCCCCUGUUGAUGACCCACAGAGUGGAGAGCUGCCCUCUGAGAGGUGGAACCCCACCCAGAACGUGAGGACCAUUCUGCUGAGCGUUAUCUCUCUGCUCAAUGAGCCCAACACCUUUUCCCCCGCCAACGUGGACGCAUCUGUUAUGUUUCGCAAAUGGAGGGACAGCAAAGGCAAAGACAAAGAGUAUGCCGAGAUUAUCAGGAAGCAGGUGAUCUCAACGGCAGCGGAGGCGGAGCGGGACGGAGUCAAGGUGCCAACCACGCUGGCAGAAUACUGCGUCCAGACCCGGGUUCCCUCCCAGGACAGCAGUUCCGACCUCCUGUACGACGACCUGUAUGACGACGACAUGGAGGAGGAGGACGAGGACGAAGACGAGAGUGACAUGGAGUCCGUAGAUUUUCAUGAAGUUAUGGAAGCGAAGGACCAAACCGCUGCAGGUCUUCAUUUUGUGGGCAAAAAGGAGGAACUUAUACGAGCAAAGCGGUCCUUCAGAACACUGGAGGAUCGAGACAUACUGAUUAUCUACCAUGAAGGUGUCUUCCACGCGGUUGACUCUUACUGCUAUCAUGCCGGAGGGAUGCUGCAGAAUGGAGACAUUGAGGAAAUUAAUGGCAAGAUGUGCAUAAUUUGUCCAAAACACAAGUACAAGAUCACUUUGGCUGAGGGGGAGUGCUUGUACAAGGGCAAGGACCCCAGGGAAAAGCAUCCAGUGACCAGAUGGUACUCCAAGGGAGUGAAACAGCGGAUCCAUGUGGUUACAGAGAGCGACGGGAAUGUCUUUGUCAAGCUCUCCGUGAGCCCGGCUUGGAUCGAGUCAGACUACUAUCAAGGAGAAAAGGGCAAGGAGGAGAGAGCCAAAGCUGAAGCGGCCGAGAAGGAAAAUCCUAUUACAGAAGACGACGACUAAAGACUGCAUCUCAUUACGUUUGGUCGACUCGCGUCCCCAGAAAAUGACUAACUGUUAAAUGACAAGAACUCAGGCACGGCCUCAAUCUGGGUUGUCUUUGUAACGAGCUCAGAGACUAAGGCUGCUCCUGUUGUGAAGUUUGCUCAACUUUAGCAAUUUGACUUUUGUUUUCCAACUCCUUAUCUACUUCACUAAAUAAACAUCUCUGUGGAUGGA